AUGGUCAAGUUGACUACCAUCCGCGCCGCCGGCAACGCGCCGCCGCCGCCGCCGCCGCCCGGCCCCGUCGACGACGAUGGCAGCAGCACCAAGCAGCGAGUCAAGCGGUGGGCGCCCCGGGGCAAGACCGGCUGCGUCACCUGUCGCCGUCGCAAGGUCCGGUGCGACGAGGCCAAGCCCAUCUGCGGCAACUGCGUCGCCACGCGCCGGUACUGCGGCGGGCCCUACUACCAGGACUCGGCCCAGGCCUCCGACGUCGUCAGGAACGUGGCCGCCGUCGUCAUCCCCCGCCUGCGGGACACGGCGCCCCGGAGCGUCCGCCCCACGAAUCACCGCGGCUGGGAGAUUGCCCCCGAUGGGUGGGACGUGGUGGAGGCUUUUGAAUACCUCGGCCUCUACACCAUCCCGCACAGCACCGAGAUGGACGUCAUGGCCACCCGGCCCGCGGUCCCCGUCGCGCUGGCCGCCUAUCCCGGCUGCGUCAACUCGGAAUCCUUCCUCGCGCGCGUCAUAGCCGAUAGAAUAGUCUGGGUGUCGUGCUGUCAGCGGACCGCGCUGAGCCCGAGCACCGCCCACGGUACAAAGGACUUGUGGUUCAAGUUCUACGACCUCAUCCAAAAACACCUAGGCCAGCUCAACUACGAUCUCACACACCAUAUUUUAUGCUUGGGCGGCUGGCGAGCCCAUUUUGACGGAUACUUCGCACUAUUAAACAUGUUUGGCAUCCCGAAGCGCAUACCGAAAGAGAAUCCGGUCUUUCUCGACAUGCUACGGUCCAUGACGGUCAACGCCGUUAUUGGCAAUAGCGUGACCAGGAUCGACAGGCAAAUGCACAGCAUAUACGACUUCGACGACGCCGAGCUCGUCAACAUCUUCGGCCAGACCUGCUUCACCCCGUUCCCCUGCCCCAAGGCGCUCUUUGCCGAAAUCGCCGCCAUCAACCGCCUACGCCUCGCCGCCACCACCUCCAACCUCGCCGCCCUCCUCCCCUCUGUCAACGCCCUCUUCCGGCGCAUCAACGCUUUCCAACCCGGGACCUGGAAGGACACAGCCGAGUUCGAGAUCCCGCGCACGCCCGAGGUUGUGCUCGUCGCGCGCAUCUUCCAGCUCGCCGUCAGCCUGUACGGCGUGCUGGCGCUCGGCCUCGAGCACGCCGACGCCGGCGCGCCGCCCAGCUGGCCCGACCAGACGGCCGCCGCGGCCGAGCUGAUCACGCUGCUGCGCAAGACGCUGCGCUCGCCCAAGUGCGUGAGCGUCAUGACGUGGCCGUGCGCCGUGGCGGGCGUGGCCGUGGCGGACGGGCCAGAGGCCGGGAGGAAGCUGGUUGGUGAGAUACUGGCGCGCAUCGACGCGGACGUCCUGGCGUACGGCAUCGCGGCGCACACGACCGAGCGGUUGCGGGCCUUCUGGCUGGCCAAGAAGACAGGCUGGGAAGAGUGCUGGGGCGGCUUUUACCUCCUCUGGUAG